UCACACACGUGACUGGAAACACCCGACUCAUGAUCGGAACAGGCACUGAAUACUGUGACAAGAUGGCAGACGUAGAAAAAAAUGAGGAGGUAUCACCUAAAGACAAUGAAAAAAGACUGGCAGGUCAAGAUACUGAAGUUUCAGGACCACCAGGAUCACCAGAAUCACUUCAGCAAGAGGGAGAACAGCCGGUAAAUCCUUGCAGUGAUAAUGAAGAGGUAUCACCUAAAGACAAUAAAAAAAACCUGGCAGGUCAAGAUACUGAAGAUAGGAACUGUUCUACUCAAACGCCAAUCAAAGAAGUCAAAAGCGUCAUCAACCUUAGCAGCAGAACCCUCAACAGCCAAGAACUCGCAGUCCUUUCCAAAGGGCUUAACUUUGUACCCACUGUGCCCCAAAACAAUGUCAUGUUCUUUGUCCAUGUGGAGAAAGGUCUUCAACAACUAAAGCCAUGUGGUGCGAUCAACUCCCUGAGACACCAGAUUGUAAACAUUCUGAAAAAGGGAGAUGCAGGAAAUGCAAUAACAACAGAUAACCUGAACAGUGCUGAAAGGGAGAUCGUGAGGAAACUCUCAGAUGACACCGAUAUCACCUUUGUCCCAGCUGACAAAGACAGAGCAGUUGUCAUAAUGGACAAAUCCCACUUCCAGACCCUCACUGACAACAUCCUGAAUGACAACAGCACCUACAAGCAGCUAGAGAACGACCCGACUGCUCGACUGCAGAGGAAACACCGAGCCCUGCUGAAGCGACUCCUAAAAGACAAUGAGAUAGACUCAACCUUCCACAAGAUACUCCUGGUCCAGCACCCACAGCCGCCCUAUGCCCGAGUCACCAUCAAGAUCCAUAACGAUGACAUCAAAGCCCGCCUCCACAUCUGCACAAGUAAUACUGUACAUCACAAUACUGCCCUGUACCUGUCCAGACUGCUCGCUCCACUAGGGAAGACAGCCAAGUCCUUCAUUGCUGACUCCAGCGAGUUCUGCAAGAAGAUCAGCACCAUUACUGAACCCGGCAAGUUGCUAAGCUACAAGGUGGUUGAUCUUUUCACCAAUGUUCCCCGGGAAGAAGCCUUCGCCGUCAUUAGAUCCAGAGUCAAGGACUCCACCCUUGACACCAACCUUUCUCCUGACAGCAUCAUAGACCUCAUCAAUGGAUGCAUCACUUUCACCUACUUCACAUGGAGAGAUCAAAUAAUGCAACAGACCCAUGGCCUCCCUACGGGUUCCCCACUAUCCUCCCUCAUCUCCGAGAUCUACAUGACUCACCUAGAAGAAACCGCCCUUGACACGUUCCCAGUCCAACCCACCUGCUGGUUCCGUAAAGUAGAUGAUACUUUUGUCAUCCUUCCUCCAUCUGACGACCCCAACGUCCUUCUCCAACACCUAAACUCCCAACAUACCAGGAUGCAGUUUACAAUGGAAUUGGAAGAAGACAACCAACUUCCCUUCCUAGAUGUCUUGGUCCAGAGAGAUGACAAGAAGCUCAACACCAGCGUCUACCGCAAACCAUCCCAUACGGACCAGUAUCUCCAUUUCUCCUCCUUUCACCCUAUCCACGUCAAGAAGGGGAAAAUCUCCACCCUAACCAGACGAGCCAAGAACAUCUGCUCCACACCCGCAUCCCUAGACACCGAGUUGGACCACCUCAGACAUGUCUUUACCAACUAUAACGAAUAUCCUGCAACUUUCGUCAACCAGGCCAUCAAAAACACCCUCAACCCUACCGCUAAGCCUCCCCAACAAGCAGCCCCCUUCACCAUCAGGCUCCCCUACAUUGGACAAACUAGCCAUCACAUCCGACGACUCCUUAAGCAGCAAGCCAACAUUGAUGUCAUCUUCCAAAGAGGCAUCACCUUACAGAACCUCCUGCAGGCCACAGGCAGACCCACCCCAACAAAGGAGCCAGAUCCAGCAGGUGUCGUCUACCAGAUAGAAUGUGACUGCGGUAAAUCCUACAUUGGUGAAACCAAAAGACCACUCACCAUUAGGAUUAAGGAACACCGGGCCAAAAAAUCUAAAUUUCCAACUGCCGUAGCUCACCACCUUAAAGACAACCCAAAUCACGAGAUCAAAUGGGACAACAUAAAGGUCCUCGAGAGGAACCAGGCUGAUUGCAAAAUCCGAAAACUACUUGAAGCUGUCUACAUCAAGAAGAUCAGACCUGCUAUAAACAAACAGAAAGGAAGUCCCAUCCACAAGGACUAUGACCCUUUACUGAAUUAAUUUCCUGACAGUACAUGUUGUAUUUCAUUUUUAUCAUUGUUAUUGUCAAGUGUUAUCAAUAGUAUCUAAACUACUUUGGAUUGCUGUACUAUCUUAUCAUUUAUAACACACCUAUUCUGCUCCUUGUGAACUCUGCAAAUAUAUCAUGGUUAACCACCUGUAUUUGUAUGUAUGUUUUAAAGAGAUUGUGGUCAAUCAACUCUAUAGUCAAUAGAAAAUCAAACAAAGAAGAAAAAAACAAAAACAACAACGAACUCAAGAAUAUCCAGGGCGAGCUCUGGUCCCUUCAGGGGCGGUGGGGUAGCCUAAUGGUUAAAGCGUUCGCUUGUCAUGCCAAAGAAGGGUGUUCGAUUCCCCACAUGGGUACAAUGUGUGAAGACCAUUUCUGGUGUCGCCCACCAUGAUAUUGCCAGAAUAUUACUAAAAAGCGGCGUAAAGCGUAACUCACUUACUCUGGUCCCUUCGUCACUUCAGAGUGGGGACAGACACUUUGCCAGGAAGGGGUG